UUUUUUUUCUAUGCCAUGGCCGUCCUGAGAGAGAUGACGGCCUUGGCUGGUCCAGCUUAUAUAAUUGUUUGUUUUGCUUAUAAGGUUUGGUCCCAGAAAAGAUACAGUGGGCAUCUUCAGUGAUGACAGACUCAUCAUGUUUGGGAACUAUUACAGUUAUCUUUCUGUUUUUACAAUGUUGGACAGUUCUGCUUGCUGUUUCAACUCAGGGUCAUAGGCAUGGAGGCGGCGAGCAACCACUUUCCAAGAUUGCGAUUCAUAAUGUUGUUUAUGCUCUUCAUGAAAAUGCCUCUAUCAGGGCCUACCCACUUGUUCUUGGCUUGAAGGGGGAAAAUGCUGAGUGGAUAACUGUGGAGCUUCAAAGCCCUGAUCCUUCCUGCAAACUUCAAGUGAGAUCCAUCACACCAUCUUUCUCAUCAACAUGCCUGCCAACUGUUGAACCAAGACAACAAGCUCCUUUUAUAUGCUCAGCUCCCAUAAAGUAUAAGUUUGCAAAUGAGUCCAAUUCUGAUUAUACAAGUAGCGGCAAAGCGUCUUUGAAAUUCCAAUUGAUCAAUCAGCGAGCUGACUUCUCAUUUGCACUGUUUUCAGGCGGCUUAUUAAAUCCAAAACUGGUGGCUGUUUCUAAUGUUGUACAAUUUUCAAAUCCAAAAGCGCCUGUAUAUCCUCGUCUGUCUCAAGGGAAGUCUUGGAAUGAAAUGACAGUAACCUGGACAAGUGGCUAUAAUAUUAUUGAUGCUGUACCUUUUGUUGAAUGGGGUUUGAAGGGAGAGUCUCAGACUCGAUCUCCAGCUGGAACGCUGACAUUUCAUCGAAACAGCAUGUGUGGUCCACCUGCACGCACGGUUGGCUGGCGUGAUCCUGGUUUCGUACACACGAGUUUCUUGAAAGAUUUGUGGCCCAACUCAUUGUACACUUACAAGCUCGGUCAUAAGUUGUUUAAUGGCUCGUACAUCUGGAGCAAUAUCUAUUCUUUCAAAUCAUCCCCGUAUCCAGGACAAGACUCGUUACAGCGUGUUGUGAUUUUUGGUGACAUGGGAAAGGCAGAGCGUGACGGUUCAAAUGAAUACAGCAAUUAUCAACCAGGAUCUCUAAAUACCACAGAUCAACUGAUAAAGGAUUUGGAUGACAUUGACAUAAUUUUUCAUAUAGGAGAUAUCACAUAUGCAAAUGGAUACAUCUCACAAUGGGACCAGUUCACAUCAAUGGUUGAGCCCAUCGCAUCCACAGUACCUUACAUGAUUGCAAGUGGUAAUCAUGAACGUGAUUCACCUGGGACAGGAUCAUUCUAUGACGGAAAUGAUUCUGGUGGUGAAUGCGGGGUGGUAGCCGAGACUAUGUUCUAUGUUCCAGCUGAAAACAGGGCUAAGUUCUGGUAUUCAACGGAUUAUGGAAUGUUCCACUUCUGUGUGGCUGACAGUGAACAUGAUUGGAGGGAGGGCUCUGAACAAUACAAGUUCAUCGAGAGCUGCUUCGCUGCAGCAGACAGGCAAAAACAGCCUUGGCUAAUCUUCAUAGCUCAUAGAGUUCUUGGGUAUUCGUCGUCUGCUUACUACGGUCUGCUAGGCUCAUUUCAGGAGCCUAUGGGAAGGGAAGACUUGCAGAAGCUAUGGCAAAAAUACAAAGUGGACAUAGCAUUCUACGGCCACGUCCAUAACUAUGAAAGAACAUGCCCCAUGUACCAGAAUCAGUGCGUAAACACCGAGCAAUCUCAUUACUCGGGCACAGUGAAUGGAACGAUCCACGUCGUAGCCGGUGGAGGAGGAAGCCAUUUAUCAGAGUUCAGUGAGUUAAAGCCCAUUUGGAGUCUUUUUCAAGAUGAGGACUAUGGAUAUGUUAAGCUGACUGCGUUUAACCACUCAUCACUUCUUCUUGAGUACCAGAAGAGCAGUGAUGGAAAGGUGUAUGAUUCCUUCACCAUUUCAAGGGACUAUAGAGACGUCUUGGCCUGUGUUCAUGAUGGUUGUGAACCUACUGUUUUAGGUUCAUGAGAGACUCCAUGAACAUCCCUCUCUCAUUUUACUAUUUCUCAAAGACUCGUACUUGUAGACUUGUAUUAAGAAAUCACUCAUACCUUUGCAUUUUGAAAUAUCGUUGAAAAAUAUGUUUUUC